CUUGAAGAGCGCAUUUUUUUGCUACUACACCAUGUAUCUUUCCAAACAUUCUCCUGCCCUAAUCGUUGUCAAUUCAAUUCUAGUGAUGACUGUGUGAUUCUUGGUGGCACCGCUGAGGCUCAUAGUUGGGACAUGAAUGUAAGUGAAGAAACUGCUCAAAGAAUAUUGAUCGGGAAUCAAAGGAAUGUGCCUGCUCUCAAGGGAGCGAAAAUUCUCAGUCACCACGUUGGUCUCCGACCGGGACGCAGUGACGUCCGACUAGAAGCCGACAGCCUCACGUUCAACGGUAAAAAGGCCCUAGUUGUGCACAACUACGGUCAUGGCGGUAGUGGAGUGACACUGUUCUGGGGAUGCGCAAUGGAUGUAGUCAGAAUUAUCGCCGGGUCUUGCGAAGACAUGGCGACUUCGAAAAUUUAA